UGUACAUUUCAUCAGAUAAGGAUACACGCGUGUCAGACAAACUCCAGUUUAGAGAAAUGCAAGACGCGGCAACCUACUCGCUUUCCCUAAUGAUUCAACAUUCCAGCAGUGCACCUUUCACGAACCUGAGCACCGCAGUGAUAUCAAUCGGAAUCUGAAGCCAAAGCAUCAAAACCGAAGAUCAUAAAUCGUCUGCUUGUGACGUUUCGUUCCCAGUUCUGAGAAGGCUAACUCUGGUCAGUAAAGGCCUAUAGCUACUGCAACAGAGACACGAUGAAGGGACCAGAAUUGUUAGCUGGAGCAGCCAAGGCGGCCACUUAUAAUGUGUUUUUACAGUUGUCAAUAAGAAUGAUGACGUUUAUACUGAAUGCUGUGGUGUUGAGGUACAUUUCCAAGGACAUGCUGGGUGUAGUCAAUGUCAGACUGACUCUACUGUACAGCACGGCUCUGUUUAUCUCAACAGAGGCAUUUGACCAGGCCUGUCUCAGCAAGAAAGAAGGGAAAAACUGGACACAAGUGGUUAACCUAAUGUGGUGGUCAUGGCCGGUCAGCAUUAUGUGUUGUGGAUUAUUGAGCUUUGUAUGGCUGUUUGCACUGGCACUCCCUGAUGAAGAUGUUGUCCCCCAUUAUGGAUGGGGUGUGAUUAGCUUUGCUGUGGCAACCAUCAUCACGGUCUUGGCCCGUCCUCACUUUAUCAUUGGCCAGACUCAUCUAUUUGUCAAACUACGGGUUUUGUCAGUGGGGCUGUCAGAGCUUACCAAAUGUCUUACCAUUGUGUUCUUGGUGAUAAACUUUCCAAACCUGGGCCUCAUCUCCUUCUCCAUCGGACAGAUCGUCCAUGGAAUAACCUACGCUGUGCUGUAUUACUUGACCUUCUACUGGUAUCUAGGUGACAAGUCAAAACCCAAAGACUUUGUGUUCCAGAGGACUAGAGAUUUUUUCCCACAGAAACCCAAAGACAAGGAAUGGCUGGAUAAAGACAUGGUUUCUCUGACCGGAAGUUUCUUUAAACAGUCUCUACUCAAACAGUUCUUAACUGAAGGCGAGAAAUAUGUGAUGACACUGUUUAACGUCUUCAGCUUUGGUGACCAGGGUAUAUAUGAUGUCAUCAAUAACCUUGGUUCCAUGGUUCCUCGCUUCAUUUUCCUGCCACUUGAGGAAAGUGGACGUCUUUUCUUUUCCCAAUCUUUGAAUCGGGGGAAAACCUACAAAGACCAGUCCCAAGCCUCGGUUGAUCUAGCUGCACGAGUCUUGUAUAGCCUGCUUCGAGUUGUUAUGUUGCUGGGCAUGCUGAUCUUAGUGUUCGGCUAUGCCUACUCGUUCCUUGCCCUGGAUUGGUACGGUGGUGAGGUUCUCUCUGCUGGCACAGGACCAACCCUACUCCGCUGGUAUUGUCUCUAUGUACUCAUCCUGGCCGUCAAUGGUAUCACAGAAUGCUUCUACUUCGCUGUCAUGAGUCAGACACAAAUUGACCAGUACAAUAGGAGGAUGGUGCUGUUCUCACUGGCCUUCCUUGGUGCUUCACUUCUACUUACCAAUCAGUUUGAGAGUGUGGGUUUUAUCCUGGCUAACUGUAUCAAUAUGUGUACCAGAAUAGCACACAGUGUAUAUUUUAUCCACAAUUAUUACAAGGGAAGUGCGUACCGUCCACUGCUAGGUCUAGUCCCUUCAAGGUCCCUACUGGUCAGUUUGGUAGUGUCAGUGGUCAUCACAGUCACAUCAGAGACUAUGUUUUGCUGUGACGCUGGGUUUCUGUACCAACUACUACAUGUGGGGAUUGGUGGUGUGUGCUUCCUCUCAGUAAUCGGCACCAUCGUAUUAACAGAGGCAGACCUAAUCAGCUUCAUUAGGGAACAUUUGUUACAUGAUACGUCUCCCAAACAACUCAAGGGAGAGUGAUUGGGACAUGGCCCUAUAAUGAUAUUUCUCUCAAAACACUGAUGCUGCAUCACAAAUGUGGAUCAUGAAGGACUCAACAGGGGAUUCAAUAGAAUUGUCGUCACAAUACCCAUCUGGCAUAGAUUGUGUUAGCCUACUAAGAUCUUGCAGGAUUUGAUAAAGCAGUGGUUUUGUGCCUUAUCAAUCUCAAACUUUAUGAAUAUAUUGUGGAAGUGACGUUGGAAAAUUCCAGUGUAUCUUCAACAAUACAGUGUUUUAUUGUGCGGUCCCUAAUGCAGGAAUAUGUGAUUGAUGAAGAAUCUCUGUUAGCAGUUGAGUUUUCAGCCAAGUGGCCAAUUUCACAAUCCUGUGUAUUUGUUGGAGAAGAAUGUGACAAGGCUUUGUUCAACAGAAUUUCUUCUGUGUCAUGUGCAGUGAGUAGUAGGCCAGGGUGAAACUGCAAAUUCUACAAUUUGAAUUUCAGUUAUACUACCUACAAAAUAAUUUAACCCUGAAAACUGACAUUUAAUAACAUGAUAAUGAUGGAAAAAUAUUGCAUGAAUUUUAAGUGGUGUACAUGGUAUGGUGUGUAUAUGGAAUGAUUGACAUGGUAUGGUGUGUACAUGGUAUGGUGGUGUGUACAUGUAUAGUGUACAUGGUAUGGUGUGUACAUGUAUGAUG